AACUGCAGUGGAUUUCCUGAGGUGUUGGGGUGUCCUGCCCGGGAUUUGCCGGUUUGUAAUUUUGUUCGUGGGACAAAGUUGUGCCAAGAAAGUGGGCUUUACACCGGAAGUACAGAAGUCAGACCUGGACCGGGAGGGAUGGGGCCGGCGCCUACAGGAACGCAGCAUCGUGGAGUUCCUGAGGAGUCGGAGGUGACGGAGCCAGCUCUGGAAGGCACAGGCAAGGAGGGGAAGAAGAAAUCUUCAAAGAAGCGUACAGUUGCUGGGUGUCCAGUGGAGGGCCUCCUGCAGCCAGUGAAGCUCAGCAGGGCUGAACUGUAUAAGGAACCUACCAAUGAGGAGCUGAAUCGCCUUCGGGAGACUGAGAGCCUCUUUCACUCCAGCUUGCUUCGCUUACAGGUUGAGGAGCUUCUAAAGGAAGUGAGGCUGUCAGAGAAAAAGAAAGAGCGAAUUGAUGCUUUCCUACGGGAGGUCAAACAACGGGUCAUGCAGGUGCCUUCAACCCCUGAGACAGAGCUGACUGACCAAGCAUGGCUCCCAGCUGGGGUUCGAGUGCCUCUCCAUCAAGUACCAUAUGCUGUGAAGGGCUGUUUCCGCUUCCUGCCCCCAGCCCAGGUUGCUGUUGUGGGCAGCUACCUUCUGGGCACCUGCAUCCGGCCGGACAUCAAUGUGGAUGUGGCACUGACCAUGCCCAAGGAGAUCCUGCAGGACAAGGAUGGGCUGAACCAGCGUUACUUCCGCAAGCGUGCCCUCUACCUGGCCCACUUGGCCCACCACCUGGCCCAAGACUCUCUCUUCAGCAGUGUUCACUUCUCCUACACCAAUGGCUGCCACCUGAAACCCUCACUGCUUCUGCGACCACACGGGAAGGAUGAGCGUUUGGUCACUGUACGUCUGCACCCAUGCCCUCCACCUGACUUCUUCCGCCCAUGCCGCCUGCUGCCGUCCAAAAACAAUGUGCGCUCUGCCUGGUACCGAGGGCAGAAUUCCCCGGGAGAUGGUAGCUCAGAGCCUCCUACCCCCCACUAUAAUACCUGGGUCCUACAGGACACAGCCCUUGAGUCCCAUGUACAUCUGCUUUCAACCACAUUGGGCUCAGCUAUGGGCUUGAAGGAUGGUGUGGCGCUUUUGAAGGUCUGGCUGCGGCAGCGGGAACUGGACAAGGGCCUGGGAGGGUUCAGCGGGUUCCUCGUCUCUAUGCUGGUGGCCUUCCUUGUGUCCACGCGCAAGAUCCACACCACCAUGAGUGGCUACCAGGUCCUGAGGAGCGUCUUGCAGUUUCUGGCCACCACGGAUCUGACCACCAAUGGGAUCAGUUUAUGUCUCAGCUCAGAUGCCUCCUUGCCCGCCGUGGCUGACUUUCACCAGGCCUUCCCUGUUGUCUUCUUGGACUCUUCAGGCCGUCUCAACCUCUGUGCUGAUGUCACUGCCUCCACUUACCACCAGGUGCAGCAUGAGGCGCGGUUAUCUAUGUCCUUGCUGGAGACCAAAGCUGAUGAUGGAUUCCAGUGGCUGUUGAUGACUCCCAAACCUAUGAUACGUUCUUUUGACCAUAUCCUACAUCUCCGUCCACUGAGUCGCCUGCAGGCAGCAUGUCACCGACUAAAGCUGUGGCCAGAGCUGCAGGACCAUGGUGGGGACUAUGUCUCAGCUGCUUUGGGGCCACUAACCACCCUCUUGGAGCAGGGCCUAGGGUCCCGGCUGCACCUGCUGGCCCAUUCUCGACCCCCAGCCUCAGAGUGGGACAUCAGCCAGGACCCACCAAAGCACCGAGACUCUGGGACUCUGACCCUAGGAUUGCUCCUCCGGCCUGAGGGUCUAACCAGUGUCCUUGAACUGGGUCCAGAGGCUGACCAGCCUGAGGCUGCUGAGUUCCGCCAGUUUUGGGGAUCUCGCGCAGAACUUCGGCGAUUCCAGGAUGGAUCUAUUCGGGAAGCUGUGGUUUGGGAGGCAGCCUCUAUGGCCCAGAAGCGCCUUAUUCCCCAUCAGGUGGUCACCCACUUAUUGGCAUCCCAUGCUGACAUCCCAGAUACCUGUGUCCACUAUGUGGGGGGCCUCCUGGACUCACUGAUCCAAGGUCUGAAAGAGACCUCCAGCACAGGUGAGGAGGCCCUGGCAGCCGCUGUACGUUGCUAUGAUGACCUCAGCCGCCUGCUGUGGGGCCUGGAAGAUCUCCCCCUGACUGUGUCUGCUGUGCAGGGAGCUCACCCAGUGCUGCGCUACACUGAGGUGUUCCCACCUGUCCCAGUCCAGCCAGCCUACUCCUUCUAUGAGCGCCUGAAGGAGCGGGCUUCACUCUUGCCCCGUGCUGACAAGCCCUGUCCAGCCUAUGUGGAGCCCAUGACUGUGGUGUGUCACUUAGAGGGCAGUGGGCAGUGGCCACAGGAUGCUGAGGCCAUCCGGCGGGUGCGAGCAGCCUUCCAGCUGCGUCUGGCAGAGCUGCUAACUCAACAGCAUGGACUACAGUGCCGUGCCACAGCCACACACACUGAUGUCCUUAAGGAUGGGUUUGUGUUUCGGAUUCGUGUGGCCUAUCAGCGGGAGCCCCAGAUCCUGAAGGAGAUGCGCAGCCCUGAAGGGAUGAUCUCACUGAGGGACACGCCUGCUUCCCUCUGCCUGGAGAGGGAAACCAGGCAGUUGCCCCUGCUCACCAGUGCCUUGCAUGGGCUCCAACAGCAGCAUCCAGCCUUCUCGGUUGUGGCUCGACUGGCCAAGCGGUGGGUGCGUGCCCAGCUUCUGGGCGAGGGGUUCACAGAUGAGAGCCUGGACCUGGUGACUGCUGCCCUUUUCCUGCACCCUGAGCCCUUUACCCCUCCCAGCUCCCCCCAGGUAGGCUUCCUUCGGUUCCUUUUCUUGGUAUCAACCUUUGACUGGAAGAAUACCCCCCUUAUUGUCAACCUCAACAAUGAACUCACUGUGGAGGAACAAGUGGAGAUGCGCAGUGGCUUCCUGGCAACUCGGACACAACUCCCUGUCAUGGUCAUCUUUACCCCCCAGGAUCGCAAAAGCUCAAUAUGGACACAGAAUGGACCUUCACCCCAGAUCCUGCAACAGCUUGUGGUCCUGGCAGCUGAGGCCUUGCCUGUCCUAGAGAAGCAACUAAUGGACCCCCGGGGACCUGGGGAUAUCAGGACGGUUUUCCGGCCUCCCCUGGACAUGUACGACGUGCUGAUCCGCCUGUCUCCCCGCCACAUCCCCCGGCACCGUCAGGCUGUGGACUCGCCAGCUGCCUCUUUCUGUCGAGGGCUGCGCAGUGAGUCAGGACCCUCAUCCCUGAUGCCUGUGCUGGGCUUUGAUCCUCCUCAGCUCUACCUGGUCCAACUCAGGGAGGCCUUUGGCGACCUGGCCCUUUUCUUUUAUGAUCGGCAUGGUGGAGAGGUGAUCGGUGUCCUCUGGAAGCCCACCAGCUUCCAGCCUCAGCCUUUUAAGGCCUCCAACACAAAGGGGCGCAUGGUUGUGUCUCAAGGUGGGGAACUAGUGAUGGUACCCAAUGUGGAGGCUAUCGUGGAAGAUUUUGCCAUCCUGGGUGAAGGCCUGGUACAGACUGUGGAGGCCCGCAGUGAGAGGUGGACCGUGUGAUCUUCAACCCUGGCAGCAAGCUGGAGGUAGAUAGUGGGACUGUUGAGACCUCUGGAUCAAGAUGGCAAAGGCAUACGGACCCUCCAUGGAUGGUGUGCUGACCUAAAACACACUGGAUGGACCCCACAUAUGCCCUCAUCCACUUUUCUGUCUUGUGCGCCAACAUUGGGCCUGGGGCCAUAGUAUCCCACAGAGUCAACUGGGCCUGCCUGUCUGAACUUCCAGAAGAGGCGUGUGAGCCAGCUAAGAGAGGAAACUGAGUGCGCCAGAAGAUCCCUCCACCGCUCAUCCCUGGGCCUGCAUCUUUUGUAUUUUCCCUCUUCCUGGACUGUUUCCAAAAGCCUGGAGAGGAGGGCACGUGCCCAGGGUUGAAGAUCUGCCCCUUUUCUGUCCCCAGGAUGUAUACUGGGACCUCAGUCUGCCCUUCAGUGCAGCAUCUAAUCUUUAAAUGGGGCCCAGAGAAGGUGUGGCCUUUCCUGGGGGUCACAGAGUACCAGCAUUGAGCAGUGGAAAGGGGCUUCCCGUAUGAAUGGACCCCAUUGAAGGGCACAAUGCCCUCCUCUGUUGUUGCUCCUGGUUCACAGGGUGGGGACAUGGAAAAGCACAGAAACAGGAAGGGACUGGGUGGCUGAAGGGGUGAGGGGACUAAUGGUCCCCCAGUGCAGGAGGGAUGCAGAAAGCACUUGAGUGCCACAGGGCCCCUUCGUGCCAGCUCUGUGCCCAUUCGGGUUGCAGGCUGCCCCCACUGUGCUGCUGCAGUAGGGGUGCAGAGGUGAGCAAGGCCUCAGCCCUGCUCUCCAGGAGUUCCCAGUGCCCUGGGGGACAGGGGAUGCUACCUCCUCUCAGCCUGGUCUACACUUCUUUCUGGCAGUGACUCCCUUCUCUCCCCUAAUCCUGGCUGUUUUUCCAGACUCAGCUCAAAUAGUGCCUCCUUAAACAUUUCCCUUGCCCCCAGCCUGAGGAACUCUUUUCCCUCCUGAAACAGCAGGGUGAUUACUAUCUGUUCAGUUCACUUUGCAGUCACGUACAGUGACUGAACUAUUCUGUUGUCUUAAGCUGAUUUAAAAUUAAAUCACUGAUUUCCUGUUCCUGGCUGGUUUUAACCUUUCUCCUAUGUGUACGCUCACUCUUUAGAAGCAGGAAGCACCUCUGAGGAUAGGUUUCACAGCUCCUGCUACAGUGUUCUGCUCAAUAGGACUCAGAAGGGGCUAGCUGGAAGGCAGGGAGCGGCACCAGAAGGCUGCAAGGGUAAAGGAGUCAUAAUUUGUGAUCUCUGCCUGAGUUGGGUGGGAUGUGAUGGAAGAUAAAGCCUGAGAGGUAAUAAAAAGUUGAUUUUACGAGUUUUAACAAAUGUCUACUAGGUCCUGGGCACUUGCUGCUUCACACACCUGAAGGAUGGGAAUUUGAUGGAUGGGCUUGGGUUUGAAAUUA